GCUGUAAGGCUAACCUAACAUACAUUGUACCAUGUGUCAUGACAACCCAAUCACAACAGCAAUAUUCCACCCCAUCCCAAUCACCCUCAUCAUUGCUUCACCACAAAACGACACCGUUCCUCAACUGUCAGUUUGUCACAACGACACAAUCACCUGCACAGGCGCUUUUCCUCGUAAAACCGAGUUGUCUCAGAAUCCACCUGGACUCCCUCUAUAAAACCUUCCUUAAACCCUUCCACUUCUCUCCAUCUGUCACUCAACAUUCAACAAAGAGAUGGGAGCAAGAACAUGGUCGGCGCUGACCCGAGUAAGAGCCGCAAUGAAGAAGGUAGCCAACCUUCUAAACCUCAACAGAAUCCGAUGGCGCCUUGCCUCGCAUCUGAGACAGCGCUCGUUGCAGAGGCCAAGGCGCCUGAGCUUCAAUGAUCGACCCGGGUUGAUUGGGUGCGUAGACGACGAUUCAGAGACCGAGGAGAGCGGCUUGGGGAGUCGACUCCUGAGGGCUUCAAGCUGCAUUUCCGAUCAGGAUGACGUAGAUAAGAGAGCCGAUGCCUUUAUUGCCAACUUCUACAGGCAGCUCCGCCUGGAGCGACAGGUCUCUCUGGAACUAAGGUACCGCAGAGGGAAGAGCUUUUAGAGUUAUGAAACGAGUCCAUUAUAAUUUAUGCAGUAAUUAAUUAAUGUAUUGAUUAUUUACGGUUGGUUGAGAUUUUGAUUAUUAAUUUUAGUGCAUUAUUGGAAAAUAGU